UUUAAAGAUGGAAGGAGAUGUAGGUGUAGACAUGUAGGUGACAGUGAUAUUUAAUUAUGAAUUUGUUAAUGAAAGUAGUAUAAAUAAUUAUUAGAUAGAAGGAUCUGUGGAUAUUAAUUUAAUAAUUUUAUCAAAAGAGGGUUUCACAAAGACAUUUAUAAUGUCUUCGGUUCAACGAGCUUUUGCUCACAAGUUGAGCAAACAGCAUGCGGCAGAUGUAAGACGACAAAUUGCUACCUCUACCUCGUAUUCACGAGACUUAUCGAAAAGUGGUAGUAGUAUUUCAGGUUUUUCUUCAACUAUGUCUCUAUGCGAAGUACUUGAACCACUUGAUUAUGAAGAAUUUCUUGUACAACAUCAAUCGGUUUUAGACAGAGAUCCAUUAAGACCGAUAUUAGAUUUUCCUCUCGAAGAUGUUGAGCUUAGGAUUGUAAAACGAAAAAUUCGAACAGAAGAACCGAUAGUGCCAUAUGAAUCAUUGGAUACAGUGUCACCUUAUGUCAGAAGAUGUAUCGAAAGUUUUACUUCAGAUUGGGUUAUGGUACAUAGAAAGUACAGAGGAAGAGUAUCUCCCAUCGCUAGAGAUAGAUUACUUCAAGAUACACCCAGACAGGAUUUUGAAGUAGAUCAAGAAUAUACAAAUGGUUCUGGAUCGCCAAACGAAGAAGAAGACUCAUCAAAUUGUGGAGAUACACCAAGAGGUUCUUGGGCAAGUUUGGAUUUAAGACAUUCUCAACAUGAUCCACUUCUUCCAAGCUUAUUGGAUAGAGUUUGUCCAGAAACGAUUGAUCAAAUGAAUGAACAAAAACGUUCAGAGGAUAGACAAGAAGCAUUAUUUCCAUUGUAUGCUCUUCCAACUUCUCCUGACGAUGAAUGGCAAGAAAUUAAUGCUGCCCCUGAACCAUCUGAUCCUUUUUCUCAUAAAAUUCUUAUAAAAUGUCUUCAAUUAAAAUUGGAGUUAGAAGUUGAACCAAUAUUUGCUAGUCUUGCAUUAUACGAUGCUAGAGAAAAGAAAAAGGUUUCAGAAAAUUUCUAUGUGGAUAUGAAUUCGGAAGGUUUAAAAAGAAUGCUUGGAGGACAUAUAGCUUACAGCGACGCUAGUACAUUAGCUAGAAGUUGCGUUAUGAGUAUUAGUAAACCAAGUCCUGAUUUAUUUUUGGUUGUCAGAUUAGAAAAAGUAUUACAAGGUGAUAUUUCUGAAUGUGCCGAACCAUAUUUACGCGAGGAUAAGAAUAAGGAAAAAGUAAGAGCAGCUGCUGUAGCAGCAUGUGAUCGAUUGGGUCGUUACAGGAUGCCAUUUGCAUGGACUGCAAUUCAUUUAUCUGGAGUUAUAAAUGGUGGUGGUGGUGAUACAGAUAACACUGGUAGUGCAGGUUCAUUAGACAGAAAGUCAGGUGGUUUAGAACAAUGGCGAAAAAAAGUAGAAACUCCAACUCGACGAGGUUCAUUAGAAAGACGCAGUUCUGAUAAAAGAAGAAGUUGGUCACCUGACGAUUUUGCUAACUGCCUUGAUACUUUCAGGCCUAUUACAUUGAAAGUUUCAAGUUUUUUCAAACAAGAAAGUGAACGAUUAAGAGACGAAGAUUUAUAUAAACUUCUAGUUGAAUUACGUCGUCCAGGUUCUAAUUUGAAACGAUUAAAAUGUAUACCAGGAAUUUUAAAAUUAGAUCUUAGUCCAAGACCUGAGGAAUUACCUAGGUGUCUUGAUGUUGAUCUUAGAAGAUUGAUACCGUAUCCAGACGAAAAAAGCCGACCCGUUAAAGAAAUACUUGAAUUUCCUAGCGAAGUUAUUUCUCCAGAUUUAACAUAUCGUAAUUUACUUUACGUUUAUCCAAAGGAGGUAAACUUCAGUUCUAGAACAGGAUCAGCACGCAAUAUAACUGUUCGUAUUCAGCUUAUGGGCGGUGAACAAGAAGCAGACGCAUUAACAGCUAUAUUUGGAAGAUCUUCUUGUCCUGAAAUGACACACGAGUGUUUUACAUCUGUUUCCUACCAUAACAAAAACCCAAAUUUUUAUGAUGAAGUGAAGAUCAGACUUCCUGCUGAUUUAGGUGCUAAGCAUCAUUUAUUGUUCACUUUUUAUCACAUUAGUUGUCAGAAAAAAGCUGAACAGCCGAAUGUUGAAACGGCUGUAGCUUAUACGUGGCUACCACUUUUAAGAGAUGGACACCUUCAAUCUGGUGAAUUUAGUCUGCCUGCAAUGUUAGAUCCACCUCCAGCAAAUUAUUCUUAUAUCGCUCCUGAUGUUCUAUUACCAGGAACUAGAUGGGUAGAUGCUCAUAGAGGAGUUUUCACAGUUAUAUUAGAACCAGUAUCCAGUGUACAUCCACAAGAUAAAUAUAUCGACAGAUUCUUAUCACUUUGUGGCUUCUUGGAAACUGGACAAGUACCACCACGUAUUGGAGAGGCAGGAAUGGAAUCAGAGUUAAAAUCAGCUCUUAUGGAAUUAGCACGAGCUUCUCCUUCUGCCUUGGUUCGCUCGUUACCACAAUUGUUAGACCAAUUAAUUGCGCUUUUAGUGCGACCACCUACAUUACCAUCUCAGUCAUUAAAUGUAGCAGCUACUAUUUUUGAGGCUCUAGGUCUUUUAGUUCGUAAAAUAACGAAUUUACCAGAUGGUCAAGUUGAUGCACAUGGAAGACAUGCAUUGCUAGCUACAUACAUAGCAUAUCAAUGCUCAUUACCUACCACAUCUCAAACGCCAGGAGUCAUGAGAGCCCAAAGUAAUCCUGACUUACCUGUGGAGGAUUUAGAAAUGGAAGUUCAUUCUCGAGGAUUAGAUAGAACUGCAUCAAUGAGACAGGAAUCGCCGUCAAUAAACAGUCAACCAUCUAGAAGACUACUACAUGAAGAAAUAGCGUUACAUUGGGUGGUUUCCACCGGACAGGCACGAGAAUUAGCAAUAACUCAUUCUUGGUUCUUCUUAGAAUUAAUAGUUCGUUCUAUGGUUGUAACAUUGUCGGAAUUGGAUAUCUUGGAAGCACCAAGAAAAUCGAGAUUUUCGCCACAAUUUUGUGACGACAUAGCAACACUUGCUGCAGCUCUAACAUCAGAAGUUAUUUCACGGUGUGGGAAAGAAAAUCGUGUAGCAUCUAAUUUAGUUUCAAGUCUCGGCAAUUUUCUCUCCGAUUUAUUGUCCGUUAUGGAUAGGGGAUUUGUAUUAUCUCUCGUUCGUGCUACAUGUUGUUCUCUGUCAGAUGCGUCUAUGCAUAUUCCUGACUCUGCUGCUCUUUUUGCAUUGAAACUUGAUCUUGUAAGAACAGUAUGUUCGCACGAACAUUACGUAUCUCUGAAUCUUCCAUUUGGUACUGGAUAUACAUCAGGAUCAGCACCAGCAUCUCCUAGCCCAUCCACCGGUAGUUCUGGAAGUUUAAUAUCUACUCUCGUUCCUGGAGAUCGAGCUAGAUUCUCUGAAUUGAGUCAAGAAUUUCGACAACAACAUUUCUUAGUUGGACUAGUUUUAUCCGACUUGGCAAACACUUUGGAAAUACCAAAUCCAAUGUUACAAAAUAAAGCUAUUGGCACGAUUCGUUAUCUUAUGGGUUGUCACGAUGUCGAUCCUAGAUACUCUGAACCUGCAGCAAAAGCUAGAGUUGCUGCUUUGUAUCUUCCACUUUUGAGCAUCAUUAUGGAUGCUUUGCCUCAAUUAUAUCAUUGGGAUUCUAAAGAUAAAAGUGUUUAUCCAGAUGAAUCGGGAUCUAUUACACAAUCUGUUGCAUUGGCUAUAGCUGGUGGAGCAUCUGCUGAUACUGCAGGAUCACAAUGUCGUGUUUCGUUAAGUUCAGAAGCAACAAGGCAUCUUCUUAUGUGUGCUCUGUGGAUACUUAAGGGUUUAGAGAAAAGUGCACUUGGACAAUGGUGUUCAGAAUUAAGUUCCAGACGCGUUUUAAGUAUAUUACAAGUUUUAAAUAUCGCAACGGCAGCUUUUGAGUAUAAGGGUAAAAAAGCUUUGAAAAGAUUACCACCACAAGCUGCCGCUACUAGCGAUAUCCGUUCAAGGCUAGAAGAUGUUAUACUUGGUCAAGGUAGUGCUAGAAGUGAAAUGAUGUUGCGCAGAAAAGAGAGAGCAAGUGGCGAUAAAUUGAGAUGGAGAAAAGAUCAAAUGCCUUAUAGAUCAUGUGAACAACCAGAGGGAAGAGCAGUGGAGCAAGAUGCUCACAUAGAAGGUGCCUUAGCAGCUGAAGCUUCACUUGUAGUUCUAGAUACUUUAGAGGCAGUUGUACAAGCAGAUGGAGGAGGAGGCGCAGUAGUUGGAGCUGUACUGAAGGUGUUAUUAAGAGCAUUAGCUAGAAAUCAAAGCACAUCGGUACUUCAGCAUAUGUUUAAUACUCAACGUGCUUUAGUUUUUAAAUAUCAUAGCGCUCUUUUUGACGAGGAAAGUGAAAGAUGUGGCGAUUUAUGUUUAACAUUACUUACAAGGUGUAGUUCACCUUUAAGUGCUAUUAGAAGUCAUGCAGCAGCCAGUUUAUACUUAUUAAUGAGACAAAAUUUCGAAAUCGGAAACAAUUUUGCAAGAGUUAAAAUGCAAGUUACGACAUCGUUGUCGGCUCUAGUUGGUAGGGGAAGAGCACCUAGCGAAGGAGCUCUUAGAAGAGCGUUGAAAACAGUAUUGGUAUAUGCAGAACGUGAUACAGAAUUAGCUGACACAAGUUUUCCCGAGCAAGUUAAAGAUUUGCUUUUUAAUUUGCAUAUGAUACUAUCAGAUACUGUUAAAAUGAAAGAAUUUCAAGAAGACCCAGAAAUGCUUUUGGAUUUAAUGUAUAGAAUUGCAAAAGGAUAUCAAGGAUCACCAGAUCUAAGAUUAACUUGGCUAGCAAACAUGGCACAACAACACAUGGAACGAAAAAAUCAUACAGAAGCUGCAAUGUGUCUCGUACAUAGUGCAGCACUUGUAGCGGAAUACCUUCAUCUUUUGGAACCAGGUGGUGGUGGUAGACCAGUGGGAGCUGUUGCUUUAAGCCCAGUAACACCAAAUGCUUUAGAAGAGAGUGCUGUUGGUGACGAUGUUUUAGCGAGAAGAGAAGAGGGUUUGUGUUUAGGACCAGAUUUUUCUGAGAGUGGUUUAGCGGGUCUCUUGGAACAUGCUGCAAGUUCUUUUCAAGCUGCUGGAAUGUAUGAAGCUAUUCCUGAUGUAUACAGAGUAUUAUUACCGAUAGCUGAAGCUGCACAUGACUACAAAAAACUAGCAAAUAUUCAUGGAAAACUUCACGAAGCUUAUACACGCGUUGAACAAUUAGCUGGAAAACGUGUAUUUGGCACGUAUUUUAGAGUUGGAUUUUAUGGAGCACGAUUUGGUGAUCUUGCUGGCGAGGAAUUUGUUUAUAAAGAACCAACGUUGACUAAACUUCCUGAGAUAUUCUCAAGAUUAGAAAAUUUUUAUGCCGAGCGAUUUGGUACCGAAAAUAUAGUUAUAAUCAAAGAUUCGAAUCCUGUAGAUCCAACGAAGUUAGAACCUGACAAAGCAUACGUUCAAAUUACUUACGUUGAACCGUACUUUGAGUUGCACGAACUUAGACACAGACCUACUGUGUUUCACAGAAAUUUUAAUAUAAAACGUUUUGUUUAUGCAACACCAUUUACACCUGGGGGUAAAGCACAUGGCGAGCUCAGAGAACAGUGCAAACGUAAAACAAUAUUAACAGUGGCAACGCAUUUUCCUUAUUUGAAAACAAGAAUUCGAGUUGUUGCUAGAAAGCAGAUAGUAUUAAGUCCUAUUGAAGUUGCUAUCGAAGAUAUACAAAAGAAGACAGCUGAGGUUGCAGCAGCCACAGCUCAAGAACCACCAGAUGCAAAAAUGUUGCAAAUGGUUCUUCAGGGAUGUAUAGGCACAACUGUUAAUCAAGGUCCUGCGGAAGUAGCGGUUGUUUUUCUUUCAGGAUUACGAGAACAAAAUGCACAGCCUUCGAGGUUGCAGCAUAAAUUACGUUUAUGCUUCAAAGAUUUUUCCAAAAGAUGUCUUGAUGCUUUACGCAGAAAUAAGAAUUUGAUAGGUCCAGAUCAACGUGAUUAUCAGCGAGAGUUAGAAAGGAAUUAUCAAAGAUUGACCGAAAGAUUGGCACCACUUAUUGCGUGGAGCGGACCGUCCUUAGGCAUGCAGUCGAUUACACCAGCAGCAACAUCCCAUUGCAGAAAGUCCAUAUCCUAACACUUACCGUCUGAUGUUUUUUGCAACAACAUUGUGCGUUCAAAAGUUGGCCAAACAAGGGUUCCACAUUAUCUGUCCUUUUACAUGCAUCGACG